AUGGUGGCGCUGAUACCGCAUCUGUUUGCAGGGCUUGGCCUGUUCCCUGACGCCACCAAGCAGAGCCAAAAGGACACUGCUGCACGCCUCACGUCGGCCCCUGCUCUGGUGGUGUCUGGCACAACCCUGCCUCAGCGUCAUUUCGGGGUCCAUCUGAAGUCAAGACGCUUGACUGGCUGCACCACCGACACAAUCGAUGACUUUGACUUUGCGAAGGCGAUGGCGAUGGCGAUGGCGUGCAACGCUGAAGCUUGGUUGAACUGGCUUGUUUCGUUUGCUGACUUGGCCGUCCCUGGUUCUGGCGGCCGUCAUCAUCAUCAUCAUCAUCAUCAUUCCCAUCCCUCGCUCUCCUUCUCCCAUCCUUCAUACAAAACGGCCUCCCAAUUGGGCCGUGGCAGUUGGUGUCCACCUACGCCAUGGCUGAAUCCCAUUACCGCAAUUGUCGUGCACAUCCAUAUCUGGGAUCCCAAAGCAGGCGGGAGGCAUGCUUCUCCAGCCAGUCGGGAUGGUGAGACGCAUCGCCAAAGUGUGGUGCGUGCAGACGUGACCAGGAAGCAGGAGGACCAAGAAGAAGCACACGCAUAA